UUUUUACCGAUAUUGCCUGCACAACGCUCGUAGAAGCCUUGCCCCUCAUCCCGGGCAGAGAGCAGGCCAGCCCUUGCCCCCCGACGGAGCUGGUGGGGCCCACCUUCUCCCGGAGCAUCUCCCGCUGCCCUCCACAUACAGACUCCUGGAUCCUCACGUAGUUGGACGUGCUACGAGGAUGGCCAUCGUGAUUUAAUUUGGUGCCCAAGUUGCCUCUGAUUUGGCCGGCGGGAGCCCCAGCGAGUUGGCAGCUGUGUCCUUUUGACGGGUCCUCCUGGUCCUUGGAACACCUGCUUGCUUCCUGAUGCAAAACAUCAGUUCUGGGUGCAUCUUGCAAUUGCCCUAGCUGUGGAAUCAGACAUUUCUCCAGAGUCCUGCUUCCUUUCGGUGGAAGAAGAAGCAAGCUUGCAUCUGACCCAUCAUGGUGCCCACAGAACUCACAGGUCUUGUCUCUAACAUGUCUGACGAUUACAGCUACCAUCCCACGUCUCCUCUGGAUGACUACCUAAACCUCCCUGAACUUUACUGUAAGAAAAACAACGUCCGGCAGUUUGCGAGCUACUUCCUCCCGCCCUUGUACUGGCUCGUGUUCAUCGCGGGCGCCUUGGGCAACAGUCUGGUCGUCCUUGUCUACUGGUACUGCACGAGAGUGAAGACCAUGACCGACAUGUUCCUCCUGAAUCUGGCGAUUGCUGACCUCCUCUUCCUCGCCACGCUUCCUUUCUGGGCCAUUGCCACCGCGGACCAGUGGAGAUUCCACACCUUCCUGUGCAAAGUGGUCAACAGCAUGUACAAGAUGAACUUCUACAGCUGCGUGCUGCUGAUCAUGUGCAUCAGCGUGGACAGGUACAUUGCCAUCGCUCAGGCCAUGAAAGCGCAGACCUGGAGGCAGAAAAGGCUCGUGUACAGCAAAAUGGUCUGCUUUGCUGUCUGGGUGCUGGCGGCCAUGCUCUGCAUCCCCGAAAUCCUGUAUAGUCAACUCAAGAAGGAAUCUGGCAUUACCAUUUGCACCAUGGUUUACCCUAGUGACGAGAGCACCAAAGUGAAGUCGGUGGUCUUAACCUUGAAGGUCGUCCUGGGCUUUUUCCUUCCUUUCGUGGUCAUGGCCUGCUGCUACACCAUCAUCAUCCACACUCUGUUACAAGCCAAGAAGUCAUCCAAGCACAAGGCCCUGAAGGUGACCGUCACCGUCCUUACUGUCUUCUUCCUAUCUCAGUUCCCCUACAACUGCAUUCUGUUGGUGCAGACCAUCGAUGCCUACGCCAUGUUCAUUUCCAACUGUGCCAUUUCCACCAAUAUUGACAUCUGCUUCCAGGUCACUCAAACCAUCGCCUUCUUCCACAGUUGCCUGAACCCCGUGCUCUAUGUUUUUGUGGGCGAGAGAUUCCGCCGGGAUCUUAUGAAGACCCUGAAGAACUUGGGUUGCAUCAGCCAGGCGCAGUGGGUCUCGUUCACGAGGAGAGAGGGAAGCGUGAAGCUGUCGUCCAUGCUGCUGGAGACGACCUCGGGAGCGCUCUCCUACUGAGGGGUCUUGGCUCCGACGUGGAUGGCCCUCUCGGAAGUAAUGAGAAAUACAAGUACAGCUUCUCCACUGAUGGGACCAGAGGGAAACCAAUGAAGAAAAAGAAAAAGGAAAUGGGGGUGGGGGGAGAAAAAGCCCAGAAAGGGAUGAAUUUGGACAAUUACUUUAGUUAGAAUUUCCAAGUCAGAGUUUUCCACAUGGACUGGCCAUCCCGUGAGACCAUGGACUGGCUCUUGGCUGCAAUGUGUACAAUUUUCAGAGAAGGACCAACAGACAGCUCUUUAGACCACCCUGGCUUCGUCCCUGGUCUGAGCAUUAAUGCACCUGGAAAAGGCGUUCGAUUUUCCCAGUAUACUGCGGAUGGCUGUGGCUUCGGUUCUGAAGCCACCUCUUCCAAAAGGAGACACAGACCCACUGGCCGCUGCCACCAGGAGUCCACAAAAGCACAAGGUUUCCUGAAAACUUCCAUCUUGGGGGGGAAUUUCUGCCGUGACUUUGGGGCCUGGUGCCCAUGCCAGGUCUUCUAGAUUCUUGAUCAGAAUCUUUUCAAACAACCUCAGAUCGUCUCCUCUGGUCUCCUUGAUCUGUUCUGGGCCAGGGAGGGACCCUGACCCUCUUUUGAACUACCUGCUUGACUAGCCAGCGAGCCCCUGGACUAGUAGCCUUAUCUGAACGUCAUCCCUAUUCUCUCGGUGCUCUUGUGUCCAUUUCUGGGUCCUGCCGGGGGGUUCUGUGACUCCACAGAGUCUGCACAAGGACUCCGCAUAUCCACUCGUGUCACGGGGGCGGUCAGCCUGUGCGGGGACUCUGAGAACCCGAGCGCCCUGGCUCUGUUGUGGGCUCAGUCUGCCAGGUAGCUUUUGUGAUGGUCCACUUUUCCACUUCCCAUAAAACGGGUUGGUUUUACGGACCCUCUUGUUUCUCAGGCGGCUGGGAGGAGACCUGCGUCCACGCUGUUCUUUUUCUUAAUGGAUAGCGCUCACAUGUUCAAAAGCUUUCGAUUUAGAGAUUAGACUGGAAAAAAGUAAUAGAAUUCACUUUUGCUUUGUUUCUUUUAACUAUUUGGCUAGCACAUUUGAAAACAUUUUAUAGGGGCCCCUGGGUGGCUCAGUCGGUUGAGCAUCCAA